CGCCAGUUGAUCGGAGGUGAUAGAACUGAAAGUUAGUUGAGUUCAGCGCUUCACCGCGAGCGGAAGCAGCUACAGGCUUACAAGAACCAAGACCAGGACCCCAAACCUGAAUGGAAGCAUAAGAGCUACUGAAAGACUUUGGGAAAUUGAGACUUUCAGGUCGGUUUCGGAAGAUAUGAGGAUCGGCUGUAUGAACAAUAAUUAACAAAUCAGUGUAUCGAUAAGCAGGCACUUGUUGUGUGUUGUUACGCGAUAUACAGGAGACAAUGAGGAAGAUGUGUUGAGAUAAGACCAGGAAGCCCGAGACGAUCCUAGUGAACGCUGCCAGUGAAACGAAAAUGGUUUCCAAGUGACAGGAUUGGAACAGUGAUCGAGUGCGAGUGCGAUCGAGUUGUGUGAACCCCCCCCCACCCCGCACCAAACGGGAGAAGAAUCUUCCUUGGCGAAAGCGGACCAAAUUGUGUGGAUUUAAGUUCAAGAACACUUUCAGUUUAAAAAAAAAAUGAUGUUGGAAAAUAUCGAUUUCGAUCUCUCCGAGUGUACAAGUCGCAUUUCGACCACCUUCUCGCUGAACUCAGCCGGCAGGUCACCGGCUAGCCGCCUGAUGGAACAGCGACAACGCAGCGCCCAGCGCCGUCUGCACAUCGCACCGCUGCGCAUAGAAAACAAGUACCUGGGAUCGCCCGGCAAGGAGAACCUCCCGACCGAGGACGAACUCUCGUUCUACCAUGGCAACAGUCCGCAGGCCAGCCCUCGGCCAUGCAGUCCGUGCGAUUGCCCCGAGGAGAUGGGCGGCGAGCUGCUCCCCUCGGAGGUCACCCCCAACAAGCAGACCAUCAUCAACCCGGCCCUGCUGGGAGGAACGGGAAGCGCCAACCGGAAGAACCGAAGACCCCUGGAAGACUACGACCCCAACUCCAUGGACUCCGGCUACGGAGCAAGCGUAUCCAGCGAAGGCCACAAGAGUCAAUCGCUGUUCCGCUUCAUCCAACCGUCCGCCCCCCGCCAGACCGCCGUUUCGCCAGCUGCCUCGUCGAUGCGGAUCUUCCACAGCCUGUCCUCGGGCUCGAUGGAAUCCAUGGACGACAUCGACAUGGACCUGUUCGAGAUGGAAACCCUGGACGACGACACCCAGCUGCCCAGUAAUCUGAACUCGCUGAUAUGCGGUGACAUCAAAGCUACCAAGACCACUCCGGAGAACAAACGGCCCUUCUUCCGGCGCUGUCUAAGUCUCUCGGAAAACCCGGUGACACGCCGAGCCAAGUCCAACCUCAUCUUCAGUUCACCCGUCGCUAGCAGCUGUCAGUCACCUGCCAAAACUCCGGAACGCCUACAGGUCGUCACCCCGGACAAAGAGAACCUUUGUAUAACAUCGUUCUCCUCCCGACCCGAUGCGACCCGCUGCUUCAAGCGCCCGGAACCCCCGGGAAUCAGCCCGAUUCAGAGCAAACGGCACAAAAUCGAAGUCCUCACUCCGGUCAGCUCGUUACGGACCGUAGAACCUUCCUCCCUGGACAGCCCCUCCUCUCUAACCGUACCAACAGUGAAACGACCCAUUCUCCAGAAGUCCAUCUCCAUGAACGAUGCCCACAUCAUGAGCGCCCUCUCGAGGUCCUCCACGGAGCCGGACCUCAUUGGAGACUUCAGCAAAUCGUACGUCCUGCCGCUGACCGAUGGUCGGCAUCGGGACCUGAAAUCCAUCACUCCAAACAUCAUGGCCGAAAUGCUACGGGGCACCUACGACCAUCAGAUCGCUUCGUUCAAAAUCAUCGACUGCCGGUAUCCGUACGAGUUCGAAGGUGGCCACAUCCGCGGUGCCAAGAACCUCUACACCCAGGAGCAGAUCCUGGAAGAACUGAUCAACAGCAAGACUGAAUCCCCCAAAGUGGACUUCAAUGGACCCAAGCGCAGCGUGAUCGUGUUCCACUGCGAAUUCUCCUCCGAGCGGGGACCCAAGCUAUCCCGCUUCCUGCGCAAUCACGACCGUAUCCUCAACUCGGACAGCUACCCGGCGCUACACUAUCCGGAGAUCUACCUGCUGCACGGUGGCUACAAGGACUUUUUCGCCCUGCAUCCGGACCUGUGCGAUCCGAUUGCGUACCGGCAGAUGCUGGAUCCGAAAUAUAGCGACGCCUAUCGCCACUUCCGGGCCAAGAGCCGCAGUUGGAACGGUGGCGAUGUGGUCAAGGGUUCGGCCGUGGCCGGUCCCGGACCAAGUUCCGGUUCCGGAACGGGUAGUGCCGGUUGUGGCGGAACACGACUUGUCAAGUCCCGCUCGAGGUUAGUACUGUGAGAGAAGACUGAAUCCCAGCCACACCCCAAACCCCCCACCCCCUCGUUUGUUCAAUGGGAAGAACAAGAAGUUGACGUUUUUGCUGUUUUUUUUUUAUUUUUUAACGUAUUUUAUAUUUUAUUGCACAAAAAGACUCUCGAAAGAAGAGGUUAGGACUUGUCCGUUUCGUUUUCAGUACUUUUCAGUUUCUUUUGUAUGGAGUUUUUAGUUUCGUUUUCAACUUCUUUUCGGCAAUACACACGGACGUAGCAGUAGUAAUGAGACGUAAAUUUCCGGCGGACAAAAUUUAGUGAAAAGUUGAUUUUUCCCCUCACUUUUUUACGUGUUCAAUAGUUUACGCAGGUUUCUUUUUUGUUUGUUAUCCACAUAUUUUAUCUGUGAUUUAGCUUCUUUUUUUUUUCUUUGGUUCGAGAUUUUACGAUACUUUUUAUUUUAUAACGAGUCAAACGAAUGGCAGAGAGCGAGAGAGUGAGACGGGGCCAUACACUGAUAGAAACGCAAACUUUGGAAAACCGAAGGGGGAGAAACGGCUACUAGGCCAAAUUAGUCAACAAUUAUACAAAAUUUAAAACAAAACAAGCAAAAUUUGACUUAAAGGAGAAGUCACGACGAAGGCUCUUCCUUGUAAAACAAAAACA